AUGCCACACUCUACAAACCCAGCUCCGGAUAUACCGGAGGAUACAGAAUUUGAAAAUGUGAUGCGACAACUGAAUAACUACGAGGGUGGCCCACAACUUGACUUCUUGUCACGAGACCUGGAUGUCGGUGAAAAAGCAGACGACGCUAUCGAUUAUGAAGAUUUUGAUGAUGACGAGCUUCCCGAAGAAGAAGAAGCACCCUCUACGCGACUUCCACCCACCGAUGCUGGCCCGGACUCCUUUGCAGACCUCGAAGCCGACGACGCAGCUUUAUUUGGAGACGGGGACGACAUAUUUGGGGAAGGAGCCGGUGGGGCUCAGGGUCAGGAAGACAAUCUUGAUGAUCUCUUUGGAGAGGGGCCCAGUUCUCCUCCGCCGGCGGGCCAGGAUGGCCACAUUCAGGACAUGCAGGACUUGUUCGAAGAUGAAGAGCCGAUCUCAGCCAUCCAGCCAGUUGAGCUCCCGCCUCUUCCGCUCGCGCCCGAGCCCCAAUCCCAGGCCAUGUCAGUGGUGGAUGAAAACGAGUUCCCCGACGAUGUCAGCGUUAUCUCGGAGGAGAUGGACCCCUCAACACUUCGGGCCUGGAAACUCCAGCAGGCCUUGUUUGCGAUGUCUGGAGUUGGACCAGACCACCCGCCAGCACCCCCAGAGAACAACGAGGAACUUCUUCACUCUUUGUUUCCCAGUUUCGAUCGCAACACUCUACCACGAUGGCUGGACCUGAUCCCACACAAGAAGGCCUAUUUCCGGGGCAAGCAGCCGGUGAAGGUACCCAAACCAGUUCUUCCAACCAAGGUCAACAUUGAACUUGCCCCUGAUCAGGAGCGAGUAUUUAGAACUGGCCAGCCUAGCAAACGUGGCCUUGAUCAAGAGUCCCUGGGAAUCGUGUUCAUCACCGAAUCCGCCCAAGAGGAAGAACAAGAAAACAAAGAAGAUUUCGACCUAGGCGAUGGAGAGGCAGAUGAAACACUGCCUGGUGGCUUUACCAUGCAUGACCUUCGAACCAUGUGUGCGGAUUGGGAGAUACGGGAUGGAGACCUGUCCACGGAGCCUGAGAAGCCGCGCGCUGAUCCCGAGGCUGAUCUAUUUGACGAGGAGGAUGAUUGGCUCACCGAUGCAAAUCAUCCAUCCAAGAAACGUAAGACCGGUCCGACUCCCAUGGAUGUAAUUGCCCUAGCGCACCUCGAUAUUCCGUUGUUGGAUGAUCCCGAGCAAGCAACCGAGCGGAUUGCGAAGAAGGUCACCAUUGAUAUGAACGAUCCCAACAUCCUUGUCGAGGAGCUACAGCCAGAAUCAAUUGUCCAUAAGCCCAAACACAUCGUCCCGCGUACCAGAGAUGAAGUUGACUCCAACUUGACCCGUCGCCUCACCCAGCGCUACAACAUCUCGAACGAUCAAGCAUAUGACAUGCUCAAGCAAAACCACCAGAAUAAGAUUCGGAGCACGCUUGGGAAUGUCACGCUUGAACACGCCAUGCCGGCCCUGCGUUUACAGUGGCCGUACUAUAAAACGGAACUGGGCAAAGCAGAGGCAAGAUCUUUCCAUCGACCCGCUCUAGUCUUCCGUUCUGGCCAAACCUCUUGGUUCAAGAACCCCAUACACAUCAAACGCAAACAACAAAAGGGCAAAGACGCAAAAGCCCUAUACUCUUCAACAAGCCAACUGUCCAUGGGAGACAAUUCGAAUGUUCUGCUUGUGGAAUACUCCGAAGAGGUUCCUAUGACUCUUUCCAACUUUGGCAUGUGCAAUCGUUUCAUCAACUACUACAGAAGGAAAAACCCAGACGAUCCCACCCGUCCAAGAGCUGAGAUCGGUGAGACAACUGUUUUGCUACCCCAGGACAAGAGUCCAUUCUCCAUUUUCGGGCAUGUGGAUCCCGGUGAUAUUGUUCCUGCAAUUUCGAAUUCGAUGUACAGGGCACCACUUUUCCCACACCAAGCUAAAUCCACCGAUUUUCUCGUGGUCCGAAACACCACGCAGUCUAAGGGCAGUACAUACUAUUUGCGCAAUAUCGAGAAUUUCUACGUUGCUGGACAGCAAUUCCCCUCUGUCGAUAUCCCUGGCCCACAUUCUCGCAAGGUUACGACUGUUGCAAAGAAUCGCAUGAAGAUGCUUGUGUACCGCCUGCUCAAAAAGAGUGCCGAUGAACGACUAGCAAUCUGCGAUGUGACGGCUCACAUUCCCGGCACGACAGAUAUGCAAAAUCGACAGAAGGUAAAGGAUUUCCUUCAGCACGACAAGGAUACCAAAUACUGGAAACCCCUGGACUCUGUUCUCCCAGAUCAAGAUACCAUUCGAUCAUGGGUUCAGCCUGAGGACGUUUGUCUGCUUGAGUCAAUGCAAGUUGGUCAACAGCACCUUAACGACACUGGCUUCGGCGGCGACGCCGAGAACACAAAUGAUAAUGACGACGAUGAAGAAAGUGAGAGCUUUGAGCAGCAGAUGGCUCCUUGGAAGGCCAGCCGCAAUUUUUUGUUGGCUUCUCAAGGCAAGGCCAUGCUCAAGCUUCAUGGAGAAGGUGAUCCCACCGGUCGUGGAGAGGGCUUCAAUUUCAUAAAGACAUCGAUGAAGGGUGGCUUCAAGGCCAUCGGAGAGAGUGUGGAGGACAAGCUAGAUGCUGUGCGACUCAAGGAGCUUGGUGGUCACAGUUACAACGUUGCACGUCAACAAAGAUCAUAUGAGACUUCAAUCCGUCGAAUCUGGGAUGCCCAAAAAGCCAGUCUCUCAUCGACCGUGGAGCACUCCGACCAGGAAAGCGACGUUGACCAAGGCGAAGAAGAAGAGUUCAACAAGCCAACUCCUCGUUCCGAGGCACCAACCCCCGCCCCGAACCGUCGUGACGAUGAAACAACCAGUCAGUUCAGUCGGAUGAGUUUCAACAGCCAAAAGGGCAAGGCACUACGCAUCACCCGUCAAUUCAAGGAGGCAAAUGGUGAGAUCGUGCAGAAGGAGCAGCUGGUCUAUGACCCACGAGUCAUCCGCCACUACAUCCAACACCGCCACCGCACCGAGGCUCUAACCACCAAACUGGAUUCCCUCCAACCCACCGGUGACCCCGAGGUCGAUGCCCGCAACCGCAAACUCAUCGAGGCCGAACUGACGCGUCUGAACCGUAACAAGGAACGUCGCUUUGCUCGUGAGAAGCAGAAGGGUAUAUCUCGCUCGGGCGAUUCUCCUGCAGAUGGUAGACCGACUGGUACCCAGCGCAAGUGUGCGAACUGUGGACAGGUUGGUCAUAUUAAGACGAAUAAGAAGCUUUGCCCCCUACUUAACGGUACCAUGAAGCCCGAAGACAGAGUCACUGACUCUGCUUUCUCGAUGAGUGCGCCGGUGCUUUGA